CGACCAAGUGUCAGGUUACAAGAUGGCGUGGGGGAGUGGGGAGCGAGCUAGUGUGGGAUGCUGACGCGACUAAGUUUGGCUGCACUGCAAAAUGUCGUGUCUCCACUACGCGCAGGUCAUUCUCUUUUCUCUUUGUGUCGUUCAAGCUAAACCCAACCUAGACUACGUGAGUCCAAAGAGUAUUCUUGUGUUCGGAGGGAAUGGUUUCAUGGGCUCUGCCACGGUGGAAACAUUGUUAGAAGCUGGUCACGUGAUUACUAUAGUAAACAGAGGCAACUGGUACUGGGACUCCGUCUUUACCAUCAAGCCGCGUGUACGACAUAUCGCUUGUGACCGAGGUGUGCCCCUACGUAAAUGCGACGACCUUGUUGGACUUGUUGAGAAAAAUUCUGUUGAUGUUGUGGUGGAUUUCAGUGGGUAUCAUCCAUUUGCUGUGACAGAGGCUGUGGAUUUGCUUAAACAUAAAUUAAGCUUGUAUAUCUACAUUAGUUCUGAUUCCGUGUAUGAGGUUUGUGAAAAGAAUCAUUCAGAACCUUCCCGUGAGGUUGACGCCGUGAGACCGAAUUCCGAAGAGGUGCGGAAUGCACUGGCGGAAAAAGAUGAUUAUGGUCAUCGGAAGUUGCAGUGCGAGGAAGAACUUAUAAAGCAGCGCCAGAAUGGAGGAUUUCCAUAUGUUGCAUUACGCCUCCCAGACGUCAUAGGACCGCGUGACAAUACAUACCGCUGGUGGAUUUAUCAAAUGUGGAUAAAAUUGUCAAAAUACCUUGAAAAACCAGUGUCCGUCCCAGCAAGAUUUCUUAACAAACCCAUCAGUUUAGUCUACUCGCUAGACGUCGCUCGUAUUAUCGGAUUGUUAUUGCAUCCUAAUCCAGAAUGGAUAGAUCAAGCCUACAACCUCGCUUUCAAAGAGACGCCAUCUUUGCUUGACGUUCUAACAGACAUGAAAAUGGCGCUGAACAUGACGGACCUAACGAUCAAGACCCACACGGGGGAGGACGCCAUGUAUCUCUUCCCCUCCGUGCGACAGGGCCCCGUUGACACCUCCAAAGCCGUGGACGUCCUGGGGUGGGACCCCACGCCAUGGGAAGAAGCGGUGCUGCAGACGGUAGACUUUUAUGAGAGUGCAGUGACCCACAGCCAUUUUGACGUUCCAAGGAAGGACAUCAUACGAACAAUGCAGAUCUAUUUCACUAGCCGUCCCUUCAAAGUGUUGGUUGGUUUGAGGAGGGAGUAUGGGUUAGAUUAUCAAGGUCCAAAGUUGCCGAAAGAUGAACUGUGAUACACCGAAGUGAUGCUUAACAUGAAUGUCGUACACGCAUGUCAUGCAGUUUUUGUGAUGUCCCAUAUGUUAUUGUGAAGUUGUCAUAUCAGAUUUUAAGAUGUUCUCCAAUCAGUAUUUUUCUAUUGUGAAUAAAUCAGACUUUGCUUACAGAAAAA